CUUGUCAAGUUGUCAAUUUACACAACUCGUGUUACUUUCAUCCCGUGAUCCCGCCAAUUUACAAUAAAACCUGCCUUUGUUUUGAUCAUUAAAUCAUGAAUUCUCCUAGUUCGAGAUGUCCGUUGAAUUCUCCUAGUGCAGGAUCUCCCUCAUAUCGGCAUAUUACUUUAAAGCACAAACAUUCUCCAAUUGAACUGAAAGAAAAGAUGAGGAAGACUUAUAAAGAUAAAGUUCAAAACUGUCGAAAUAUGCUUCUGAACAGGCUCCGUGGCACUGAGACUGACUUACGGGAAACAUUGACCGAUAUCUAUAAGAGUAUGUUUAGCUUUUCUGCGGACACAACGAUCACAGAUGAAGAAAAUAUUAUAAUGGAAGAAAUACGGAAUGAAUUGGUUCAGGAAGAAUUACAGUGGUGGCUGGAAGAACAUGAAAAAUCACAAACUGAAAAUGUAGACUGGUCUACAAUAGAACAGGAAGACAAUGUUAUUUGCCCAGUGUGUCAAAAAGUUAACUUAAAACUUGAUUUUGGCACUUUGACAUGUUUGCUAUGCAAAUUUAAUAUUCAAACACAAAAGUCUUUAAUAGAAAUAAAGAAAUCGCUGAAUAGCUGUAUUGAAGCACAUGGCACUCUAUGUAAUAAUCAAGUCCUGUUUACUAAUGUCACUGAAGUAAAUGAGAGUCAUAUUUACCUAAUUUGUGACAGCUGUAUGGAAAUGCGGGUAGUGGUAUAAUAAAAAGAUGAAUGUAUAACACUUAUACAAAAAACAAUGCACACUUUUUGACAAGGUGGAACAGUAUUAUAUCAAUGUAAGAUAAUUGACAAACUGUUUGUUUAACUAAUUUCAAAUAGUUAUUUUUUGUUAAAUGACUUAAUCUUUCCUAGACCAAAUUGUAUUGGUUAUUAGGAUACUGAUGAUGUGAUCCACUGAUCCUGUUAUCUCUCAUUAUGAUGGACAUAGGGCUCUCAGAAGAUUCUUCCCUUUUUCACAAUCUUCAGUUGUCCACAGGCAACAAAACAAAUAUAAAAAUAUGAGAUUAUUUGUAUAUCAUGCAUGUUAAAUCACAUGGUUAUUGGUUAAUUUUAAACUGUGAAUGCCUUAAUAGCCUCUGGGCUUGGGUAACAAAGUUUCGUUAAUAUAAAUUAUUGUUUUUAAUUCUUCAUAUUUGUUUCAUACGAGUAUAUUGCUUGAUUUGGUAACUGCAUGUGACCAACCUGUUAUGUUUAAAUUGUUAGAACCAUUAAGAGAGUACAAACUAAUUGUUAUGGAUUUGAUUUACACUUGUGAUAUAUCUAUAAGAGCAUUGUUUUCUGAACUAUUUUCUUUUUAAUUUGUUAUUUAUCCUAACAGGUUUUAUGAUAAAAUAAUUCGUAAUAAAACUUCCAAUUACAAAAUAAAAAA